AUGUCACGAGCUAUCUUGGUUUGUGGUUCAACAGGGAAACAAGGAGGUGCUGUCAUCAACCACCUUGUUGAACAGAAUGCCAACUUAGAAAUCCUUGCCGUCACACGAGAUGCAAACUCCGCGUCUGCACAACGACUUUUAAAGAAGUCACCCAAGAUUAGGUUGGUUCAGGGCAACCUGGCCGACCCGACGGCGCUGUUCAAGACCGCCAAAGAGGCAGCGGAAGCCCCAAUUUGGGGCGUCUUUAGUGUCCAGUCAGCAAUAGGUCCCGGGCAGGGCGGAGGCGGCGAGCUGGGGCAAGGCAAGGGUCUCAUCGAUGCAUCGCUCAAGGCCGGCGUCAAAUUCUUUGUCUACACAUCCGUCGAUAGACACGGUGCGGACAAACCGACAAACGUUCCCCACUUCAGCCACAAGCAUGAGAUUGAGCAGCACCUCUUAAACAAGGCCAAGGGUACCGAUAUGGAAUGGGUCGUACUCCGGCCAGUCGCUUUCAUGGAGAAUCUCAUGGACAACUUUCUCGGAAGAGUCUUCGUCACGUCGUGGAAGAUGGCCGUCAAGGAGAAACCAUUGCAACUGGUCGCAGUCAGCGACAUUGGUUACAUUGGCGCGGAGGCGUUCCUCCACCCAGAGAAGUACAAGGGCCGUGGAAUUGCACUGGCCGGCGACGAAUUGACAAUCGAUCAAUUCGCUGCGGUGUUCAAAAAGACCACUGGCAGAGAGCUGGCUGGAACUUACAGGAUUUUCUGCUGGCUUAUCAUGUCGUUGGUGAAGGACUUUGGAUGGAUGUUCAAGUGGUUCUAUGACGUUGGAUACAACGUGGACAUCCAAGAGCUGAAGAAGGAGUAUCCGGGAUUGAAGGAUUUUGAGACCUGGUUGAGGACAGAGAGUGAGUUUGCAAAGUAA